AACUACAUUUCCCACAACACACCGCUUUGUAUUGAAACGCAGAAAUGGCGGCUUCCACGUCCAAUGUGGAGGAUAUUAAACUACGAUUAGAAGAGCAUUUAGCAAACUUGGGAUUUGAAAUACAUCCUCUGAAGGUCGGCUGGUACAACGCGGUGCUGCCUCCCUCCCUGCGCCUCGGUCACCGGGACGACCGCCUGGCCGUGCUGGUGCUCAGCACUCCGGCCAUGUUUGAAGAAGCCUUCCUGCCCUUCGUGGAGGACGCGGACUGCCAGUCUCUGUCCGACCCGGUGGACCAGUGUGUCCGACACUGCGUCUCCUCUGCUGUGGCCCGGUGUUUCGCAGGGACCGAGGUGGAGGUGAGCUACGACUACGAGCUGCUGCCCAGCAGGAAGCCCAGGUUUCUGGCUCAGACUGCAGCCCACGUGUGCGGAGCAGCUUUCUACUACCAGCAGGCGGACGUCAGGGAGCAGCCCUGGGGCCACAAAAAGAUGUUUGGAGUGUGUGUGCACCCAAGGUUCGGGGGCUGGUUUGCAAUCAGAGCGCUGUUGGUGUUUGGGGGGGUGACGGUGGACUCUGAGAUGCUACAGCCAGAUCCUCCAGACUGUGUGCCCUCCAGAGAGGGAAGGAUCCAGCUCCUGGAGGCCUUUAACCUCCACUGGCAGGACUGGAGCUACAGAGACGUCGUGCCUCCGGUUCAGGUCUACUCUCAGAGACAGAAGGACUACUUCUCCACCCGUCCUGCUCAGCGCGUGGCUCUGCUCAGGACCUGGGGCUUCCUGUCCAGAGGAAGCCAAGCAGCUGCUUCCUGCACAGAGGGCGUCUGCUGAGCUUCAGAGGAACAUUUAAGAGAACCUCUUCAGGGACUUUCAUAUGAACAUGAGCUGCUUGUGAUGUGGUUCAUGUUCUGAUAUUAUAUAUUUAGAUAAUGCACUUUGUGUCUGAGUAUCAACAGGACAACCCACAUCAUCUCCAGACGGACUUCACUUUAUUUUAAAGUGAAGCCAUUAAAAAAACAAUAAAUACAAAAUAAAUGUAUCCAGUGGUUUGAUUUCGAAACACAUAAAAAAGUCAUUUAGUUGUUUAUUUCACUGCUUUGUUUAUACACUUCUGUAGAUUUCUCUGAAAAUUCCACCAAAUGUAAAGUUAGGUUAGACUUCAUUGACAUAUAUCAUAUAACAGUACAUUUCAGAAAACCUAUGAUAUAAAACAUAGUAGUCUUCACAUAAAAGGAUAAGAUAUUGAAGUCCUGGAGAGACAGAAGUAGAAGCAGUGUGCUGAGCAGGCUGCUCAGAGGUGAUGUCAAACUGCAUGACCAGUUCUUUUAUCAAUUCUCAAUCUUCCCACAGCCUCUAAAGGUGAAGUUAUUGAGCCACUUCUGUUCGUGUUAAGUUCAUCCUCCUCCUCCUGCAGCUGUCUGGGUGAGCGGCUCUGCAGCAGCAGCUGUAUUCUCAUGUUCCUCCUCUAGAGGAGGCUGUUCUCCAGAUGAAGCAUUGAGGUGUUUCUGUUCUUUCUGAAUCUUCUGCAGAUUAUUCGAACAACACUUUUCAGAUAAUACAUAUAAAUGAAAGACAUUUUACAAUACAAGGCUCCCUCCCUCUCUGCAUCUCCUCCCCUCACCCGUUGCCCUCAUGCUCCUCCGGCUUUCUGCGUAGUUCUCUGCUGCUGCAGAGAGGAGGGUUAAUCACACUCCCUCACAUACUUCAUCUUUCCUGUCUCCCCUCCUCCCUGGGCCUUUUUCAUCCUCUCUUUCCUUCCUCUUUAUGUAUCUGAUGCUGGCCGUACACACGGCUUACUACUCGCAAUUAUUCACAAUAUUUACAGCAUUUGUCGUAGGAAUGUAUUGUGCAUCUUUUACGUUGUUCAUUCUGUCCACGUGACAUCAAUGUAGUCUGUCCAUCAGGAGACGGAUCCUCCUCUGACGUUCUCACUGAGGUUUCUUCCCUUUAAUCCCCAUCCAAGCUUUUUUGGGGGAGGUUUCCUGUGCUGAUGUGAGGGCUUUACGGCAGAUGAUGCUGCAUGUGUACUGGUGGACUACUUGAGUCCCCCAGACUCCUGAUCCCUGAGAGGAGAUGAUUGAGGAAGGAUUGCUCGGGUUGGGUUCUUAAUGUCGGCCAUAUUAUCUGAUUGUUGUGUUACAGAAUGAGCUUCACUGAAUUAUUUUGUGUUGGAUAGUACAUGAAUAAAUAAUCCUGGAAUCUGG